CAGUGGAGUCUGGGUAUAAGGAACCCCCGGUAUAAUGAACACCUCGAUAUAGUGAACACCUAGAAAUUUACAUUGAGUACUCUAAAUAGUGAACUAUCGACAACUCGAAAUAGUGAACAAAGCUUUAAACGCAACGGCAAGCAUAAACUGUUAAAAAAAAAACUCAGAAACAUUAUUUACGAAUUGAAGCUUUGCGAGGACCAAGUAUAUAACGCAGACGAGACCGGCUUGUUUUGGAAAAUGCUUCCUGAUAGAACGUAUGUCAGCCAAACAGAAAAAACAGCUCCGGGGAGAAAAGCAGAAGAGGCCAGAAUUACUUUUCUUGCAUGUACAAAUGCAACUGGUCAGCAUAAAGUCAAACCGUUAAUAAUUGGGCAUGCCAAGAAGCCGCGCUCCUUUAAGGCUUAUGACAUCCCGGUAGACUAUCGGAACUCUAAGAAUGCAUGGAUGACCGCCAACAUUUUCAGAGAAUGGUUUCACCAUUGCUUCGUCCCUCAGGUUCAAAAGUAUUUACUACAGAAAGGAUUACCAGCCAAAGCUAUCCUUUUGCUUGAUAACGCCCCUUGCCAUCCACCAGAAGAUGAACUUAAAACUGCUGAUGGAUCCAUAUUCGUGAUUUAUAUGCCUCCAAAUGUAACGCCUUUAAUUCAGCCUAUGGAUCAAAAUGUGAUUCGCUUAACUAAGUUGUAUUACAAAAAGCAUCUCCUGCUUUUAGCUGUAGGAAAGGAUGACAUCACACAAUUUCUUAAACAUUUAACUUUAAAGGAAGCUGUAUCAUUUUUAAUGCUUGCUUGGAAUCAGCUGCAGGUAAAUGUAAUAGUAAAAUGUUGGAAGCCUUUAUUAGAAUGCUUAAAUACUACAGAAGCAAAUGAAAGCGAGGAUGAAGACGAUGAUAUUCCAUUGAGCUUACUUCGUGAAAAAAUAUUGCAGGAAAAAUGUGAAGAAGUUCAUGAUAUACAGGGUCUGCUGCAAAUUGUAUUACCGGAGGAAACCUACAUUGAACAAGAUAUUGAGAAGUGGAAUUCAAUCCAAGUUGACGAAGAAAUUGAUUUAGAUAAUUAUGCCAUGGAUACUGAAGAAUCUGGUAGUGACAUCCAAGGCGAAGGACAGAUCGGAAAUUCAAUAAAAGCUACUGAAGCCAUUAAAAGCUUCGAUAUAGCUAUCGCAUGGGCUGAAGCUAACACCACUGACUAUGCUGGCAUACUAGUACUGAAAAGUCUACGCGAAAAAGCGGUUCAAAAGUCAAUUUCCGAACACAAACAGCAAACAUCUAUUCCGGCUAAACAUCAGCAACGUGAGCAGAAUACAAAUGCAGAAGACUGUAAGCGAAAAGGCAAGCACCGGCAGGCAGCGGAGAGUUUAGAGAGUCGAGAUUUGCGUAAUUAUGCGAAAGUACAGCAGAUUGACAAAGUAAAUACAGACGUAGAGGAACAGGCGAAGAAUGAUAAACAGAAGGAAGAGAAUUGGGCGAAAACUAAAAAACAGAAAAUAGAAAUUUAA